AUGGAUGCGAUUCAGAUGAUGCCCUCCAUGCGUAGCUUUAUGAAGGGGUUGAUCUCAGGGAAAAUAUCAGACGAGAGCGAGUACAUGACAGUUUCCAAGGAGUGCAGCGCAGUGCUUCAGAACAGGCAAAUAAAAAAACGAGGAGAUCCAGGCAAAUUUGUCCUCUCUAUCCAGAUUGGGAAGACAGUUUUCGCUUGCUCCUUGGUGGAUCUUGGGUCUAGCGUGAAUCUCAUGCCCUACUCUGUAGCUUUACGACUCGGAUACACACACUUCAAACCAACUAAGAUGUCCUUGGUUUUCGCAGACAGAUCAGUCAAAUCUCCUGUUGGUAUUCUAGAGGAUCUCCAAGUGAAAGUAGGGAACACCACUGUUCCAGCAGACUUCGUUGUUCUGGAAUUGGAAGAAGAGUCUAAGGACCCCCUCAUCUUGGGAAGACCAUUCUUAUGUACUGUCGGAGCUAUCAUUGAUGUGCGACAGAGAAAGAUUGAUCUGAAUCUUGGGGACAUAGUUAUGCAAUUCGAAAUGGAUGAGUUGCUAAAGAAGCCGAUGUUGGAUGGACAAACCUUUGAGGUCAAUGAAGGGGUUGAUCCGCUCCAACCACAAGAAGGAAUGAUCGAGGAGAUUCUUACCGAAGACCCACUGGAACUUGCACUGGUGCGUGCUGAAGCCGAGCAGAGUAUGGUGAACAUUGAUGCUGAUGGAUAUGCCAAGAUGCUUGACUCCGCAAGGAGUAUGGGGAGAAUGGUAGCGAGUCUAAGUCUGGGGGAGGAUAUCAACAGGUGCGAGACCACUCCAUCUGGAGCGACCCCUAAACCGGACCAACCAGAGGAUCCCUGGAGCGAGCUCAAGGCUCCCAAAGUUGAGCUAAAACCCCUUCCCAAAGGGCUCAGGUACGCUUUCUUAGGUCCGAAUUCCACAUAUCCUGUCAUUGUGAAUGCUGAGCUGAAUAAUGUGGAAACUGCAUUGCUUUUAUGCGAGCUUAGAAAAUAUCGUAAGGCAUUAGGAUAUUCGCUAGCUGACAUCCCUGGUAUUUCGCCUGAUUUAUGCAUGCAUAGAAUCCACUUGGAAGAUGAAUCAAUGACUUCUGUCGAACAUCAGAGGAGGUUAAACCCGAAUCUAAAAGAUGUCGUUAAGAAAGAGAUAAUGAAACUUCUUGAAGCAGGUGUGAUCUAUGCGAUUUCUGAUAGUAAAUGGGUCAGUCCUGUUCAUGUUGUACCUAAGAAAGGUGGGAUCACUGUUAUCACAAAUGAAAAGAAUGAAUUGAUCCCUACUAGGACAGUGACAGGACAUCGCAUGUGCAUAGAUUUCAGGAAAUUAAAUGCAGCAACUAGAAAGGAUCACUUCCCACUCCCUUUUAUUGAUCAAAUGCUUGAGAGAUUGGCUAACCACCCAUAUUACUGCUUUUUAGAUGGUUAUUCAGGUUUCUUUCAGAUUCCCAUCCAUCCAGACGAUCAGGAGAAAACGACGUUCACAUGCCCCUACGGAACGUACGCUUACAGGAGAAUGCCAUUCGGCUUGUGCAAUGCGCCAGCAACAUUCCAGCGCUGCAUGAUGUCGAUCUUUACUGACCUGAUUGAAGACAUUAUGGAAGUUUUCAUGGACGAUUUCAGCGUCUAUGGAAGCUCCUUUAAUGUCUGUUUGUCAAACUUGUGCAGGGUUCUUAAAAGAUGUGAGGAGAAACACCUCGUACUCAACUGGGAGAAAUGCCACUUCAUGGUCACAGACGGGAUUGUUCUAGGGCACAAGAUCUCCGAGAAAGGAAUUGAGGUGGAUAAGGCAAAGAUCGAAGUGAUGAUGAGUUUGCAACCACCAACAAACGUGAAGGCCAUCAGGAGUUUCUUGGGUCACGCUGGGUUUUACCGACGGUUUAUCCAGGAUUUCUCAAGGAUAGCAAGACCACUCACCAGACUGCUCUCUAAGGAGAUCAAAUUCGAUUUCGACAGUGAGUGUCUAGCUGCUUUCCACACCAUCAAGGGAGCUCUAGUCAGUGCACCUGUUGUGCAACCACCAGACUGGGACCUACCCUUUGAAAUCAUGACUGAUGCAAGCGAUUUUGCAGUUGGAGCAGUACUUGGGCAGCGUAAGGACAAGAAACUUCAUGUGAUCUAUUACGCUAGCAAAACUAUGGAUGAAGCUCAGUGCAGAUACGCUACAACUGAGAAAGAGCUUCUGGCUAUUGUUUUUGCUUUCGAAAAAUUUAGGUCCUACCUAGUGGGAUCUAAAGUGAUUGUGCACACAGACCAUGCUGCUCUUAAGUACCUGCUCACAAAGAAAGAUGCGAAACCGAGGUUGUUAAGGUGGAUUCUUCUUCUCCAAGAAUUUGAUCUAGAGAUAAAAGAUAAGAGAGGUGUCGAGAAUGGGGUCGCUGACCAUCUAUCCAGAAUGAAGAUUGAGGACGACACAACUCUUGAUGAGGAACACCCAGUUGAACACGUCAACGCGAUUGGUCUGUGUUACGCGGAACAAUCUCUAAGAACCAUGUCAGACUGUUCCAGCAUCGCGGAACAACCUCCGAGGAAGGCGCCCGAUUGUUCUCACAUCUCGAAACAUCCUGUCGCCUUGAUCCAAAAGCAAUAUCCUUACCUCCCAUGGUUUGCUGAGAUUGCUAACUAUCUAGCUGCUGAAAAGCCACCACCUAAGUUCACAGGAAACGACAAGAGGAAAUUCCUGAGAGAGGCGAGGCGUUAUGUUUGGGAUGAACCGUUCUUGUACAGACAAGGCAAGGAUGGUUUGUUCAGAAGGUGUGUUCCAGAGGCAGAUAUCCCAAGAAUUCUGCACCACUGCCAUGGUUCAUCAUACGCAGGUCACUUUGCUGCAUUCAAAACGGUUUCUAAAGUCCUCCAAGCAGGGUUCUGGUGGCCGACUAUGUUCAGGGAUGCUCAAGCCUACGUAGCCAGGUGCGAUGCAUGCCAGCGACUUGGAAACAUCAGCAAGAGGAAUGAGAUGCCUCAGAAUUACAUUCUAGAGGUUGAGGUAUUCGACUGUUGGGGAGUCGAUUUCAUGGGACCAUUUCCUGCGUCCUUCAAGAACGAGUACAUCCUUGUCGCCUUUGACUACGUGUCUAAGUGGGUAGAAGCAGUGGCAAGCCCUACGAACGAUGCAAAAGUGGCGACUAAGAUGUUCAGCUCAAUCAUAUUCCCAAGGUUCGGAGUGCCUAGGGUCGUAAUCAGCAAUGGUGGAACACACUUCAUCAACAAGGCAUUUCAGGGCCUUUUAAAAAAGAAUGGAGUGAACCACAAGGUGGCAACCGCUUACCAUCCACAGACGAGCGGACAGGUUGAGGUGUCCAACAGGGAGAUCAAAAGCAUCCUGCAGAAAACUGUCAACACAUCGCGAAAGGACUGGUCGCUUAAGCUGGACGAUGCGCUAUGGGCCUACAGAACAGCCUAUAAGACGCCGCUAGGAACGACUCCCUACCACCUGGUGUAUGGUAUAGCAUGUCACCUACCCGUCGAGCUUGAAUACAAGGCUGCAUGGGCAGUCAAGCUACUGAAUUUCGACAUCAAGCCAGCAACCGAGAGACGCAUGAUCCAGAUUCAUGAACUGGAGGAGAUAAGGCACCUCGCCUAUGAAAGCUCCAAAAUCUACAAAGAGAAAACCAAGGCCUACCAUGACAAGAGGAUCAUUGCCAGACAGUUCGAACCAAACGAUAAGGUCUUGCUUUUCAAUUCGAGGCUGAGAUUAUUCCCAGGGAAGUUGAAGUCUAGAUGGUUCGGGCCUUUCACUGUUAAGGAAGUUCGACCCUACGGAGCAGUUGUGUUAUUAGACAGAAAAGGGGACGAGUUUGUAGUGAAUGGACAGCGCGUCAAGCACUACCUUGCUGACUCCACUAUCGCAGAGGGAGAAGAAAUUCCCCUAAGCGAGCCCCCAUCAGCCUGAUCGAUUGAUCCAAGUCGAGCUAAUGACUUUAAACAAGCGCUUGGUGGGAGGCAACCCACUGGUCAGUACAUACAUUGUCUACAUAGUCUGUUCUUUUCCUUUUCUAAUUUAUUUUGCAGAAAAAAAAAUCGGACUC